CCACUGCUCUGGUAAAGAGGCUGAAUGUCUGCAGGACAUGCUUAACGUUUGUCUAUCUAUGUUCUUCUACUAACAACCAGCGGGGUUGGCACAUAGAUGCACAGAGACUGGCCUAUUGCUCCACUAAGGAGCUCUCUAUGACAGAAAUCCGAAUUCAGAGCAGCAGAUUGUUCGCAGUUGCAUGAGAGUUACAUGUUGAGCAGUUGUUGUUGCAUUUAGCUUUAGAGAGGCUUUUUCUGUUUGAGGGCAAUUUUUUGGUUUUAAACAGUAAUUUACUGUGGAGAAACAGCAUCUCAUUUUAGUUGCUUAGUUAGUUUUUUUAUUGACUUUUUAUCCCUCCAUUGUUUAGAAGUUGCUUUUUGACCUUUUGCCACCAUGUGGGAGUUCAGGUCCAUGUCCUUCUGGAGGGCUGUGUUUGCCGAGUUCUAUGGUACCAUGUUCUUUGUAUUCUUUGGGCUGGGGGCAGCCCUCCGCUGGACCACUGGGCCCCACAAUGUUCUCCAUGUUGCCUUUUGCUUUGGGCUGGCGGCUGCCACCCUCAUCCAGUCCAUCGGCCACAUCAGUGGAGGACACAUCAACCCGGCUGUUACCUUUGCUUACCUGAUUGGCUCCCAGAUGUCUCUGUUCCGUGCUUUCUUCUACAUCGUGGCCCAGUGUCUUGGAGCACUGGCUGGUGCUGCCGUGCUGUACGGGGUCACGCCCACCAACAUGAGAGGAAACCUAGCUCUCAACACGCUGCAGCCAGGCAUCAGCCUUGGCAUGGCCACCACCAUGGAGGUCUUCCUCACCCUGCAGCUUGUCGUCUGCAUCUUUGCUGUGACUGAUGAGAGGCGCAACGGACGCCUGGGCUCUGCUGCCCUAGCCAUCGGUUUCUCUGUGCUCAUGGGGCAUCUUCUCGGGAUGUACUACACUGGAGCAGGAAUGAACCCAGCAAGGUCCUUCGCCCCUGCUGUCCUGGUCAGGAAUUUUGUCAACCACUGGGUGUACUGGGUGGGACCCAUGAUUGGUGGUGCGUUGGGUGCUCUGCUGUAUGACUUCAUGCUGUUCCCCCGUGUCCGCGGCCUCUCUGAGAGGCUCGCCACACUGAAGGGCAUUCGACCCUCAGAGGCUGAGGGCCAGCAGGAGACCAGGGGAGAGCCGAUCGAGCUCAAGACACAGGCCCUAUAAGCCUGGAGACGAAGAUUGGCUUUCUGACGCCCCCAUCUCCAUCCCCCACCCCUCAAUCUGCACCCUCAGUUCCCGGUCCAUCAUCAACCGACCCAGCAUUUCUGUGCACAUACCUCCUCCCCGCAUCCACACAUGCUAACACAGAUCCCAAACACCUUUGCUAUCCUUGUUCUGCAUCCAGAACUGGACCUACCGAAUUACAGAGUAGCGGAAACCAGAGUCCCGACCAUCUCGCCUGAUUUCACCUCUACCCAACCUUCCUCCUCCACCUCCUCCUUCUCCUCCCCCUUGGACUGCAGGACAAAGAUGGAGGGUUAGAAGAAGACUUGCCACUGAAGGAAGCACCCUGUGCCCUGCAGUGUGGGGAGUCAGUCACUCCUGGCUGACCAGGUGGCUAUAACUGCUCAGGACAGGGGCCUCUCUCGCUAUCUUUUUUUCACUUUCUCUCUCUUUCUGUUUUUCUCCCUAAUUUGUCCGCUAGGAGUGAAACUACAGUAGAGCAGUGGACUUCUGCAUGCUUUUCCGUUUUGAUUCGGUGUGAUCUUGCCCUUUGUUUUGUGUUGUUUAAUGAACUUUGGGUAAAUUACAUGUCCGUAUUGUAUUUUACCAGUAUUUAUUUGGCUCACAUUCAUUUUUUUUAGUUGAAUGUGUGUGUUUGUGUGAGACUGAGAGUGGGUGUGCAUGCAUGUCUCUGUGCAUGUGUAUGCGUGUGUGCUUGUUUUAAUUGAUUAUUUUUAUUUUUCUCUUUUCAUUGCCACAAUGUAUAAGGAUUUUUUUUUUUAAUCAUACAAGCAUAUUUUCGGGAAAGAUGUGGCCUUUUCCACGCCCUUACUGAUACUGCAAAAGUUCAACAGACUCUAUGUUUAGAGUGAUCCCUCUUUUAUAUCAGAUGAAAAUAAUUUAUGCCUGCGAGUCAAGUCUUAAAGCCAAAUUCAUUCAGUGUAGAGAUGGUGUCUCAUAUAGUGAAGCACACACACAUUCAUAUUUAUAUCAAAAUAAACACAAAACACAAAACUAUCUGGUCUUUUCUGAGCUCAGUCUUCAUUGACAUGACAAACACUUGAAUUGGUAUAUUUGCCAUUGCUUUACAAGUGGGGAAUCUGCAGGUUUGUAUCACAUUUAGACAACUUAUACAGUAUUUGUGUUGGGUUACAUUUUAAAUGACUUUUCUGACAUGAGCUUUGCUUUUAGAGCAGCGCUUAUCACAGAUUUAUGUACAGGUGUGUGAUAGUUGGUUUGCUUUCAGAUUUGCGUGUCUGCCAUGGAAAAACAAAGCAAACCUGACAAGCUGUCAUGAGGAACAAGCGUUUUCUAGUUGAAUUGUGUUGUUUGACACGACUGAAGGGUCUUUGUAACAUCAACGCGAGGUUAGAAAUGAAAGUGCAUGAGGUGUGGUGGCUUGUUGCUGGUGUUGGCAAACACCUGGUGCCUUCUCUUCUCUGCGCUGAGCAAGCCCCUGUCUGAUAUUUGGGAGAAGAGAGAAGGUCACCGUGAGGUUUAGUGUGUUUGUACAGGGUGAUAAAUGUACACCUUUAUUUUUCAUACAAUCUACACAAGAGAGAAUGAACUUUGAAGUUCUACAUUAGCCUGGCGUCCCCUCUCUCUUCCAUCCCUCCUUCAUCCACCCUACCUCCUCCCUUUGUUUACGAGGCAGCCAUUGUGUUCUGCUCUAAAGAGGGGACAUCUAAAGCUGCUGGGAUGGAGGGAAGGGGACGGGGCACUGAGAUAAGUUAGCAUUUCGACAAAUUUUACUAGAGCAGUUAUUGAACCAGACAUGUAAGCUGAUUCUCUUCCUGCUUCCUCUACAUAACCUUUUUUUCAGUGUGAUUUCCCUGGCAGUGGUUGAGUAGAAUUUACAUUUUAGUGACAUGUUGAAAUUAGAGUUUGUGUUCUAAUGGAAAAGCUUUGUGAUGUACAGUGUAAAGUUUUCUUUUUUUUUUUUAAAUCAUUUUAUGAUUGUUGAAACUGGAUGGAUAGGAAAUAUAAUAUGCUAGUUAUGCAAUGUCUCCUCUUUGGCUGAUGGAUUAUGGAAGUGAUGCCAAUUAUGCUAUACACCAAUAUGCUUUCAUUCAAUGAACAGCCUUUAUGGUACAAGACAUACCUUCCCGAUCACAAUGCCAUUGAUUUAUUAUUUUUAUAUGUCAAAAAAAUCAGAAAAUUCUUAUGUUUCCAA